GGCGAGCCAGCGAGCGACUCCCGCUCCGCUCCGGCUCCGCUCUGCGCCGCGCCGGCCCGACUCUCCCCGUCGCCGCCGCCGCCGCCGCCGCGCCGCCUCGCAGCGACCCCGGCCGCCGGCCCGCGCCCCCCGUCCCCCGCCCGGGGUCGCCCGCGGCCCUGCUGCCCCUCCCCCGCCCGCCCCCGCCCACCCCGGCCCUCCCCGGCUGCUGCUCCCCGGCGGAGGCAAGAGGUGGUUGGGGGGACCAUGGCUGACGUUUUCCCGGUCAACGACUCCACGGUGUCUCAGGACGUGGCCAACCGCUUCGCCCGCAAAGGGGCGCUGAGGCAGAAGAACGUGCACGAGGUGAAGGACCACAAAUUCAUCGCCCGCUUCUUCAAGCAGCCCACCUUCUGCAGCCACUGCACCGACUUCAUCUGGGGGUUUGGGAAACAAGGCUUCCAGUGCCAAGUUUGCUGUUUUGUGGUUCACAAGAGGUGCCAUGAGUUUGUUACGUUUUCCUGCCCGGGUGCGGAUAAGGGCCCCGACACUGAUGACCCCAGGAGCAAGCACAAGUUCAAAAUCCACACUUACGGGAGCCCCACCUUCUGCGAUCACUGUGGGUCACUGCUGUACGGACUUAUCCAUCAAGGGAUGAAAUGUGACACCUGCGACAUGAAUGUUCACAAGCAGUGCGUGAUCAACGUCCCCAGCCUCUGUGGAAUGGACCACACAGAGAAGAGGGGGCGGAUCUACCUGAAGGCCGAGGUCGCUGAUGAGAAGCUGCACGUCACGGUACGAGAUGCAAAAAAUUUAAUCCCUAUGGAUCCGAACGGGCUUUCAGAUCCUUAUGUGAAGCUGAAACUUAUUCCUGAUCCCAAGAACGAAAGCAAACAGAAAACCAAAACCAUCCGCUCUACGUUAAACCCCCAGUGGAAUGAGUCCUUUACAUUCAAAUUAAAACCUUCAGACAAAGACCGACGACUGUCUGUAGAAAUCUGGGACUGGGACCGAACAACAAGAAAUGACUUCAUGGGAUCCCUUUCCUUUGGCGUUUCGGAGCUGAUGAAGAUGCCGGCCAGUGGAUGGUACAAGCUGCUUAACCAAGAAGAAGGUGAGUACUACAAUGUACCCAUUCCUGAAGGAGAUGAGGAAGGAAACAUGGAGCUCAGGCAGAAAUUCGAGAAAGCCAAGCUCGGCCCUGCUGGUAAUAAAGUAAUCAGUCCUUCGGAAGACAGGAAACAACCUUCUAACAACCUUGACCGAGUGAAACUCUGUGACUUCAAUUUCCUCAUGGUGCUGGGGAAGGGGAGUUUCGGAAAGGUGAUGCUUGCCGACAGGAAGGGGACGGAAGAGCUGUAUGCAAUCAAAAUCUUGAAGAAGGACGUGGUGAUUCAAGAUGAUGACGUGGAGUGCACCAUGGUGGAAAAGCGCGUCCUGGCCUUGCUGGACAAGCCCCCGUUCCUGACGCAGCUGCACUCCUGCUUCCAGACGGUGGAUCGGCUGUACUUUGUCAUGGAAUAUGUCAACGGUGGGGACCUCAUGUACCACAUUCAGCAAGUAGGAAAAUUUAAGGAGCCACAAGCAGUAUUCUAUGCGGCAGAGAUUUCCAUUGGCUUGUUCUUUCUCCAUAAAAGAGGAAUAAUCUACAGGGAUCUGAAGUUAGAUAAUGUCAUGUUGGAUUCAGAAGGACAUAUCAAAAUCGCAGACUUUGGGAUGUGCAAGGAACACAUGAUGGAUGGAGUCACAACCAGGACCUUCUGUGGGACUCCAGAUUACAUUGCCCCGGAGAUAAUCGCUUAUCAGCCGUAUGGGAAAUCCGUGGACUGGUGGGCCUAUGGCGUCCUGCUGUAUGAGAUGCUCGCCGGACAGCCUCCAUUUGAUGGUGAAGAUGAAGACGAACUAUUUCAGUCUAUCAUGGAGCACAACGUCUCCUACCCAAAAUCCUUGUCCAAGGAGGCUGUUUCCAUCUGCAAAGGACUGAUGACCAAACACCCUGCCAAGCGGCUGGGCUGCGGGCCUGAGGGAGAGAGGGACGUUAGAGAACACGCCUUCUUCCGGAGGAUCGACUGGGAGAAACUGGAGAGCAGGGAGAUCCAGCCACCAUUCAAGCCCAAAGUGACUAUCUGUACCAAAACGCACUGGCUUCACUGGGCGUCCAGGUCCUCGUGUGGUAAAGGAGCAGAAAACUUUGACAAGUUCUUCACGCGAGGACAACCCGUCUUAACGCCGCCCGAUCAGCUGGUCAUCGCUAACAUAGACCAGUCUGACUUUGAAGGCUUCUCGUACAUCAACCCCCAGUUUGUGCACCCCAUCCUUCAGAGCGCAGUAUGAAACUUCACUGGUGAAAGAAAACGCACUCCCCCCUCAAGCCCCCAGCCCCCAGGAGUGGGAAAUGAUCCUUAAGCCUAAAAUUUUCAAGGCCAUGGCCUUGUGUCCUGUUGUGCUCGGAGGCCUGAAAAUUAUAGGGUUAUUAGUCCCAAGGUGAUCGACCUUUCAGGGUCUCUUUCUCACAACCAAGAACAGUCUCUUAGUGGAAGAUGACGUCAUGUACAGUGUCCAGUUUAAUUAUGUAGAAGUCACAUCUGGCUGUAGGUUAUAACCCUCCCUAGAAAGCAGACUGUUGCCCCUUUUUUUGGUACAAUUUGAUAUAUUUUCCAUACCCUCCGUCUGUGGAUUUUCACCAUCGGGAUUCCCCAGCCAGAGAUGUUAAAGUGAACCUACCCCAGCCCCAGGGGGCUGCAAACAUCUCCACCCAAGACAUCUUGGAAUGAAAGCACGGGGCACCCAGAGAGUGAGCCAGCAGGGCGUGGAGGUAGGUAGGGGAGGCUUCACGACACCCUCCGCUUCUGUCCUGUCCCUUGACAGAAACAGGCCCUAGAAUCUGAGAGGCCAGCAUGGACCUAAUCACUGUUCCCAAAUACUGACACAUCGU